GUUUCGAGAAGUGGUACGGCAUUCGGCAGAUUUAAUUUUUUUUUGUGUAAAUGUCGAGGAGAGUUUAAUUUAAAGUUUUCAGCAGUUUAGUAAAGAGUUAAUUCAGAGUUUUUUUCAUAAAAAGUUAAUUCAAAGUUUUCUUCAGUGAAAAGUUAAUUCCAAGGGGAUGUAUUUCGUUCAAGAAAGACAGUAUUUUUAUUGCUGCAAGGAGUUAAUUAUGUUCAUCCAUUAGAAGGAAUUGCAUCUGAUGCCAUGAUAUGUUUGGCCGAUUUUGACAACAUGCAUGGGUUGACAGGAAGAACCGGCAAAGGUGGAACUGCUGUCUCAUUUCUAUACAACCUGUCCAAACUGAGGCACUUAUUUUUUUUAUAUAUAAUGUACAACUAUAAGGGAGACCCAUCUGCAUUCAAGGCAUUCCUGAAAGCCAACAAUGUCACAGCUGGCACAUUCCUUAUAUAUGUUGAAAACCGAUUGAACUUGAUACUCUAUAUGGACAGCAUUGACAUCCAUCAUGAAGAACUUCUCAGAACUUUUCUUAGAAAUAACAACAGAAACAAAAUCACAAAGUCAUGUAUUGGGAUCAAACAAGUGGGAGUCAUGGUGCAAUUUCAAGCUCUAGGCAUCAUUGGGAAGAUUAUCACUGGCCCAUGGAUGACAUUGGUAUACCGUAACAUACAUGGCCUCUUAAACUUGGAAAUGGGUUCUGUUUUUCAGUUGGGCAAGUCAGUGAUUGAGGGGAUGCUACACCACCCAGCAGAAGUUAUGCUGAUGAAAACUGAUGUGUUUGGUCACCCUCUAAAAGAAGAUGUGCUCCUGUCUCUGAUGAACAAAGUGUAUAGCAAUGAUAUGCUAUAUAAACUUUUGAUCUCUCUUAUGCAGAGUGUUAUAGAGGUCAUGGAGAGACAGAUGGGAAACUACCUCACUAGAGAGUUGUCUAACCCUACUCCUCAGAUGAUUGCAGACACCAGCUCAGCAUCUCCUCACAACAUCCAUGCGGAAAGAACCUUUGCUUUGUCUGAUUUUUUCAUAAGAAAAUCACCUUGUGCCACCAUAGGUUUUGUAAAUGCAAAGGUGAAGGCGAAGAUGAACCACACCAUGGAUUGUUUGGAUGCUAAAUCGGAGCAGAAGCAAAACAAAAUCAUCAAGUUUGCUAUCACGUGGCUUGCAAAGAUUCGGCACAUCUCCAAAGAUACUGAGAGGCAGACUGACCAUGCCAUCCUGGAAAGAAGAAGACAACUCAGCCAAAAAACCGAAGACAAAGAUCGCAAGAAUACUGAACAUGCAGUCCUCAAAUUGAUACAAGACAGGAAGAAGAAAAAAGACACGUUCAUCAUCAGCUACUGGGAGGUAGACAAAGAAUCUGCUGAAGACCACAAGUUACCAGUAGAAAGUCUCAUUACAGACCUGAUCAAUGGAUAUGAUUAUGAUUAUUAAAUUUUAAUAUAAAUAUAUAUAUAUAUAUAUAAAUUAUAGAUAUAUAUAUAAUUAUCUUAUAAUUAUAAUUAAUCAUUUAUAAUUAAAUUUUAUUAUAAAUAUAAAUUAUUCAUAAUUAUUAUUUUCUCAAUUAACAGCUGUUAUAAAAACAAGAAAAAAUUGUG